AUGGAACCAAAACUGCACUUAACCGAAGAUGAAGAAGGUGAACCAGUGAAUGCAACAAUAUACAUGAAACUUGUGGGGAGCUUAAGAUACCUGGUUCACACAAGACCAGAUCUUAACUACAACAUUGGAGUGGUGAGCAAGUUUAUGCAAAAUCCAAAACAAAGUCACUAUGCUACUAUAAAACAUAUCCUUAGAUAUGUGAAAAGAACAACUGAGUUUGGGCUGAUGUAUCACAGGGGAGGUGAUGGAAAACUUGUGGGUUACAGUGAUAGCAGCUACAACAAUGAUCGUGAAGAUAGAAGAGGAACCACUGGAGUAGCUUUCUACUACUCCAGAAACCUUAUAACAUGGGCAUCACAAAAACAGAAAACUGUGGCACUUAGCGCAUGUGAAGCCGAGUAUAUGGCUGCAAGUGCAGCUGCAUGUUAA